CAAUGGUGACAGCAGUUUCAGGCGAGCCAUGGCUGAACGGGUCUCCAGUUGCCACCCCAAUUGGAUCCAACAAGGCCGAAGAAACAAACAGGGAAACUAGUGGUGGAUCGUCGGCUCACUAGUCAGGAUCCUAGUCAGGAUUCUAGUCAGGUAUUCCAUCAUCAUCGUUCUUCCCAGGACCAGGAUUCUGUCACUUGGCUUUUUCCAUUUCUUUUUUAGCCUCUUCCCUCUUCCUGGUGUGUUGUCUAAUUUUAUCCCGGUUGAUCGGCUUCUUCUUCCUUCCAUUGGAUCUGAUUUGGGUGUGACCAGUAUUUUCUCGGUGGAUCGGUUGAACUACUACGAUCGCUCCGAUCGUCCAGUAGCUUCUGCUCAGGCAACAAAUACUCCUUCUUUCUUCUUGCUUAUUUCUUCUUUCUUCUUUCCUCUUUCCUCUUUCCUCUUUCCUACGUUUCUGUACUUCCUUCUUCUCUUUCCCUGCGCCUCUUUGGUUCUUUAGCUUUGUGGCUCAACGGUCAAACUCAACUCUCAAACUCAACUCUCAAACUCACCUCCAAUCUCACCUCCAAUCUCACCUCAUCUUCUCCCCAUCCUCAUCUCCAACAUCCUGCAUCAUACUCAGACUGUCAUCAUGAAGUCUCUUCUCAACCUUCUGGUUCUCUCGCUGGUCGCGACCUCGACCGUGGCCGCCCCCGCCCAGUCAUCCAACGACCUCACCGACCAGGUCGCUGCCCACUCGGUCGACGAGAAAAAUGCCGAAAAGGCCGCCCGUCUCUCUGAAAGAUUCCGCGAUGCCGCCCGCCGCGUGAGCGAUGACAAGACCAAGUCCCCGCGGGAGGACACCUCGCUGGAAGCCCACAUGAACAUCAAGCGCGACGGGGCCAACAGCUCCGCGGCCCCGGCCACAGAGCCCAGUUCCGCCUCCCAGGGCACCGGUGCCGAACCGACGGCCAGCUCGACCGUCGAGAGUGAACCCACCACCUCUGACGCUCCGCCCCCGCCCCCGCCCUCCUCCACCCAGGAGUCGUCCAAGGAGCCAGCCCCAACCCACGACUCAACCACCACCCAGGACUCGACCACGGCCCAGGAUUCCACCACCGCCCAGGAUUCCACCACGGCUCAGGAUUCCACCACCGCCCACGACUCCACGACUUCGAGCAGCAGCUCCAGCUCCGAGAACGCGCCGGCCUCCACCACGGCUCACCACUCCACCGCUGCCGACCCCACCAAGACCACCAAGACCACCCACUCCAACGGUCCCUCCACCGCAGCUCCCACCACCACCUCGGAGUCUACCUCGGAGUCUACCUCGGAUUCUACCUCCUCCUCCGAGGAAACCCCCUACACCUCCACCUUCAAGAGCACCACCACCCUGCCCAACGGCGAGCAGAGCACCGUCACCGCCGUCACCGUCGUCCAUCCCACCCAGAACCGCGCCGCGGCCACCACUGGCCCGGCGCCUGGUCUGCAGACGGGCGAUUCGGCGGCUGGGCGGGUGGAUUUCCGUCCUGAGCUGUAUUUGAUGGGUGCUGCUGCGGUGGCUAUGGUGUUAUAAUUGAAUGUUUUUCCUUUCUCUUUACUUCUUUGACUUGAUGGAGUUCUCUGGCCUCUGGUUCAUUCGCAUAAGGUGGUUUUAUGUUCUCACGGUCCUUACGCAUAGCAUCUGCGGUGUCACUCUCUGAUCGGCGAUUGUUUUCUGUCUUUAUCGGCUUUUAAAAGCGUGGGUAUUAUAAUCUGAAUACAUAUUGAUUAGCAGAUCUA